CCUCCACCCAGCGUACAUGCGCUGCGGUCGUCUGUUGCCAUCUCGCGUUCGGUGGUGACUCCGGGCUCCGGGCGCCCUGCGCCCCUGGAUUUCGAACCGAGAAAGAAAGCUGCUGCCCACCGUUUCCCAAGUCCCAUCGCCGCCCAAGAACCGGAGCCACGCCGCAGAUCCGCCAAAAUCACACCUCCUAGCCCGUCCUCCGUCCCAAUCUCUUCUCGGGCCAGGGAGGCGGCGGGACUUGGUGCCUGCAUCCGAGCCCUAGGUGAUACAAACUUGUGCUCUGGCGAUGCACCUUGCUACAUGGAUCAACCUGAGGAAAACCCUGAAUUCCCAAGCUGUGAUGCCUACUUUGAAGCUAUCCAGUCCAAGAAGAAGUUGCCACUGACUUUGCAAGAAUCACUAACUGCUGCCUUUGCUCAGAUUCCAGUCUCAUCCUUCCCUGAGGUUCCAGCUGGUCGAGUAAUUGAAAUUCCUGGUGAUACUUCUGUUAUUGAUGCUGUAAGGACUCUCUCUGAACAGAACAUAAGGGCAGCACCAGUACUGAAUCCAGAACCUGGGGCUCCUACUGAUUGGCAGGGGAGGUACCUUGGUGUCAUCGAUUACUCGGCAAUCAUCCUUUGGGUACUAGAAAAUGCUGAGCUUGCUGCUGUUGCACUCUCGGCUGCAUCGGCAACUGCUGCUGGAGUUGGCAUGGGUGCUGUUGGUGCUGUUGGGGUGGCAGCUUUGGGAACAACUGGCCCAGCUGCUGUAGCUGGCUUAACUGCAGCUGCAAUUGGGGCUUCUGUUGCUGGUGGAUUAACUGCUGAAAAGGGUGUGGCGAAGGAUGGGCUAACUGCUGCAGAUCAUUUAGGGGAGGAUUUCUACAAAGUUUUACUUCAGCAGGAACCUUUCAGAUCAACAACAGUUCGAUCGAUUGUUGAGUCGUACCGCUGGUCUCCUUUUGUCCCCAUUACACUGGACACUUCCAUGCUGACUGUACUUCUGUUGCUCUCUAAGUACAGAUUGCGAAAUGUCCCUGUGAUUGAGCCUGAAAAGCCUAUCAUCAGGAAUUUCAUUACUCAGACUGGUGUUGUCAAAGGGCUGCAGCAAUGUAAAGGAAGGGACUGGUUUGACUACAUUUCUGCACUUCCUCUUUCAGACUUAGGACUUCCAUUUAUGUCCAUUGAUGAGGUUAUCACCGUCAACAGUGAUGAUCUUAUCUUAGAAGCUUUCAAGUGCAUGAAGGAUAACAAGAUUGGUGGUGUCCCAGUAGUAGAAGGCCCCAAAAGAAAACUUGUUGGCAGUGUUAGCAUAAGGGACAUCCGCUUUCUGUUGCUUAGACCCAACUUAUUUUCAAAUUUCAGGCAGUUGACAGUCAUUGAAUUCAUGAAGACUCUAGGCUCCACUCUUCCUGAUUCAGAGAGCAAUUGCCUGGUGAAGCCACCACCCACUUGCACUCCUGACGCUUCCCUUGGUAGUGUUAUUGACAGCAUUGCAUCAAGAAUAACACACAGGAUAUAUGUAGUGGAUGAUGACCUUGAGGUUGUUGGUGUUGUGACUCUGCGUGAUGUGAUCUCAUGCUUUAUUCAUGAGCCACCCGGUUAUUGCGACAACUAUUUGGCUUCAGCGAUGGAGAAGCUUGAGGGGAAAGGAGUCAGAUCAGUGGAGAAAAUUUGAGCUUUUCUGUAGCGUGAAUGUUGAUAAUAACAGGUCAGUAUGUGAGGAAGGUUUAUUUGGUUGGAACGGUGCAUUCGUGUCGUGUUAAUCCAGCAAAUCCUGUGUAGGUUAAGUAACAAGGCUUCUGUGCUGUUAAAAAUAUUUUACUAUGUCAUUUCUUUGGACGGUUUUCUGAACAAAUGUGUGGUAACCAUUAGGCCUUGUUCGGUUAUUCCUACACCAAAUGGAUUGGAUGUGAUUGAAAAAAAAAUAGUAGAGAUUUUUGACU